CGGUAUUUUGUACAGGUAAAUCUUAUAACGUACUUAGCGUAGGAGGAAGACUGGAUAUAUGUUGCUAGACAACAACAACUAAAGUGUUAAACCUGUGUUUGAAAACACUAUAAAUGAUACGGUUUAAGAUUCCGAAAUACAUACAGGAAUAGUUACAUAUUUUGUGUUAUCGUACAUUUCUAGAACGGCUGUAAUAUGAACAAGAGGGAUAAAUAUGACAUUCAACCGGAACCGAGAGCAUCUUUGACAGAGAAGUUUGCGUCAUACUAUGGAAACCUAAGGGGAUUACUGUUAGGCUCGAACUUAACAGGACGGCGUGCUGCAAACGUUCAGGAAAACCCGUUCUCUGAAGAUGCACAGCUAACUGCUUACCAAAAAGAUAAAGAUAAGGAGGGAAAAGAAGGUAAAAAAAAGAUACCUGCAGACGGUACUGGCUAUGCGGUGACAGACGGUACUGGCUAUGCGGUGACAGACGGUACUGGCUAUGCGGUGACAGGCGGUACUGGCUAUGCGGUGACAGGCGGUACUGGCUAUGCGGUGGCAGGCGGUACUGGCUAUGCGGUGACAGACGGUACUGGCUAUGCGGUGACAGGCGGUACUGGCUAUGCGGUGACAGGCGGUACUGGCUAUGCGGUGACAGACUGUAUUUGCUUUGCGGUGACAGACGGUACUGGCUUUGCGGUGACAGACUGUACUGGCUAUGCGGUGACAGACUGUACUGGCUAUGCGGUGACAGGUGGUACUGGCUAUGCGGUGACAGGCGGUACUGGCUAUGCGGUGACAGGCGGUACUGGCUAUGCGGUGACAGACUGUAUUUGCUUUGCGGUGACAGGCGGUACUGGCUAUGCGGUGACAGACUGUACUGGCUAUGCGGUGACAGUCUGUACUGGCUUUGCGGUGACAGACUGUACUGGCUAUGCGGUGACAGACGGUACUGGCUAUGCGGUGACAGGCGGUACUGGCUAUGCGGUGACAGGCGGUACUGGCUAUGCGGUGACAGACUGUAUUUGCUUUGCGGUGACAGACUAUACUGGCUUUGCGGUGACAGACUGUACUGGCUAUGCGGUGACAGACUGUACUGGCUAUGCGGUGACAGCCGGUACUGGCUAUGCGGUGACAGGCGGUACUGGCUAUGCGGUGACAGGCGGUACUGGCUAUACGGUGACAGGCGGUACUGGCUAUGCGGUGACAGACGGUACUGGCUAUGUGGAUUUCCACGUAUGGAACGAAUCCUGGUGCAAGCGUCCAGACUUGCCACCAGGGUAUGAUGGAUGGCAAGCAUACGAUCCUACCCCUCAAGAGUGCCUCGAAGGGGUAUUUACAUGCGGUCCAGCGUCGGUGAAAGCAGUAAGACAAGGGGAAAUUUUCUAUGGUUACGAUACAAAGUUUAUCUUUGCUGAGGUAAAUGGUGACAGGGUACAUUGGACAGUGGAUCAAGAGGGGAAUAUGAUACCAGUAUGUGUCGAGGAAAAUCUUAUGGGCCAAUACAUUAGUACUAAAGCGGUUAGUAGAAUAUCGAGGGAGGAUCUCACAAACACAUACAAGUUCUCAGAAGAUGAUGAAGAGAAAGACGUUACAGCCGAGCUAGCAAGAAAGCUUAGUUAUCGAAGAAUACCAAAGGUACAAGAACCCAACUCGCUUGAUGUUGAGUUUAACAUGACGACAGACAUGCAGCGUUGUGGGAAUUUCAGCGCAAUAAUGAAAAUUAAGAACUCGAGCGACGAAUCUCGAAAGGUGGAUGUACACAUGUCCGCAUUAUCUUGUCGAUAUACAGGAAUCCCAACUACUGAACUUAAAGACACAAGCUCGGCUACUGUUCUGGAACCAAAUGCAGAGACGGAAGUGUCUUUGCAGUUGAAGUGUGUUGAUUAUAUUGGCAAUGUAGAUUCGGACAGUCACCUUAAUCUUUAUGCAAUUGCCCAAGUAAAAGAAACUGGGCAACACUUUAUUUUACAAGAGCCAGCAUGGAUAGAGAAACCACAUUUAGAACUCAAGACGGAAGGCAAUGCUCAUGUUGGCAAAGUGUUUGAUGUCGUGAUAAAAUUAAUAAAUCCAUUAAGCGUUCCAUUAACUGGAGGUCUACUUAAUAUAGAGGGACCGGGGAUGCAGAGGACGUCGCAAGUGAAAGUGAAAAAAGCUUUAGCUCCAGGCGAAGAGCUACGCGAAACUGUACAAAUGAAGUCAAGGCGGUUAGGAAGAAAGGAAAUCAUUGCAAGUUUCCAAUGCAGACAGCUCAGUGAUGUGACCGGUGUCAUAGAGAUCGACGUCAUUGGUGAAAGCAGAACUUAAAAACACUCAAAAGAUAUACCAAGAGUGCAAAGCUAGUGCAUGUGUGGCAGAAUGGAUUUUUCUUUAUUUUUUUCCCCUUUAAUAAGUGAGCCCUUUAGGAAUUAUUGGAGUUAAAUCCUUUACAGGUGAAUAUGUUGGUGCAGUCCACAAUGAAGCAAUAAUCGCCCGAAGAAUGAUAAUUGCCUGAAGACGUACAUCUGAAAGCGAUUAUUCUCUCAAGUGCAAUUAUUGCAUCUUCGCAGACACACUAUUUUAGUUAUCUGCGAACAAUCUUAAAUUGAUUGAAUUUUAUCGGAUCAGUUAGAAAUGAAAUCGGUACAAGUUGUGUAUAGAUAAAGCUAAUGUAAAAAUGGCUGGGAGCCAAAAUGAGAAAAAGUAAAAUAUCAGAUAUUUUGAACAUCCCUCUAUACAAAGCCGUGCAAGGUGUUAAUCUUAAGGGGAUUUGGCAACGUGCAUCUUGCUCGCUGUUGUAAAUACAAAUGUACGUAAUAUCCAAGACGGCGGCCUCUAAGAGCAUGAAAAUUGGUGAGAAUUAUUUACUUUAAAACACUUUCAGUGAAAUGUAAAUGUUGGAAUAAAAACAAUGUACACGUCAUGCAAUUUCUAACACCUUCUUGACGGUUUUACAAUAUCUUUCAUUUUACAAACAAUACAUUUAUAUAUGAAAUUUCUCACAUGUUUAGAACAAUAUGGUUUGAAUAACUUAUUCAAAUUUCAACAAAAUUUAAAAA